GAUAUUGUAGCUGCUCCUCUCCUGCGUUUCGCUAUAACGGAAUUAUCGUGUUGCUGUCUUGCGGAUGCUAUCUACUGGACUGGCACAAAUUCCUACUUAUUGAUGUUCCAGCAUAGCCUCUUUAGACUGGCCAGAGUCAGUAGCUGAGAGCUAAGUGGCUAAGUGCAUUAGCUGAGAAGUUGGUGGGAGUAAGGGGGUUUCAUCAGGCUGUUGAGAUGAGGUGUCUCGGGGGAGUUGGUGUCAAGCUCCUCUUGGCUGCCUUAUCUGUCGGCUGUGGCCUGCAUAUUCCUCCUCAGGUGGAACAGCUGCCAACAAUAAUAGCCCAGCCUCCGCGUUCUCUCGUUGCCUUGCCAUUUGAAGAUAGUUUCACUUUGAUGUGUGAAGCCAAAGGCAACCCAAUACCAGUGUUCUGGUGGACUAAAGAUGGACAAGACUUUAAUCCAUAUAGGGAGUCCAGUCUCAUAAAAUACAACAACAGUGGGAGUUUUGUGAUACCAAACACCAAAGACCUGGCAAAAUAUCAGGGCAGAUACAGAUGUUAUGCCUCCAACAAACUGGGAACUGCCAUAUCAGAGGAAGCCGAUUUCACUGUGCCUUCUGCACCAAAGUUCCCAAAGGAAAAGAUCGAGCCAAUAGUGGUUAAUGAGGGAGAUUCAGUGGUUCUGGAGUGUAACCCGCCCAAAGGCAUCCCACCGUUUCAACUCUACUGGAUGACUAUUGGUCUUCAGCACAUUGAGCAGAAUGAGAGGGUGUCCAUGGGCCUGAACGGAAACCUCUACUUCUCAAACACUGUUCAGAAAGACAGUCGCAGAGACUACUGCUGCUUUGCUUCCUUCCCCAGAAUUCGUACCAUUGUGCAGAAAAAUGCCGUUCCCGUUGUGGUCAUACCCUUGAACUCUAGCAGUCACGCAAAUGACAGAGGUCUGGGUAGGAAGCCCAACUUUUUGGUGCCCUCUGGUGAUCAUUCCCAAACAUACCUGGUGAAAGACGAGGAGCUUGAACUGGAGUGUAUCUCAGAGGGGCUCCCUACACCAACAAUAGAGUGGACCAAGGUGGGAGAGAAGUUGCCGAAACGCACCAACAUUAAGAAUUAUGGAAAACUGUUGACUAUAUCGAAGGUCAAAGAGGAAGACAGUGGAAAAUACGCAUGCAAGGCUAAGAACUCUUUUGGGGAAGCUGUCCACCACUUCCACGUGGCAGUCGAAGAGCCACCACACUGGGUGAAGGAGCCCACGCGGAGUCAGGUAGUCACGAUUGGAUCAGACGUGCGCAUCGAGUGCCGUGCUGGAGGGAGACCACAGCCCGUACUCACCUGGAGGAAGAACGGCCAACCCUUCCAUAAUUUACCCUCAACCCAAGGAAGUGGUAACACCAUUAGCCUUCACAGAGCCCAACCGAACGACACUGCAGUAUACCAGUGUGAGGCCUCCAACAGACAUGGGUCCCUCUUGGCUACUGCUAACAUCAUGGUCAUGAAUUACCCUCCUUUGAUUCUGACACAAGAUUAUCUGGAGUAUGCCACCGUCCGUGGGAAGAGUGUCACCAUGGACUGCCAAGUCUUUAGCUCUCCACCUGCAAAUAUUAACUGGAAAAAGGAAGACCCAGAGGGCCUUUUGGAAGGAGAGAGGUUCUCUUUCUCUCAGAACGGCUCCCUACAGAUUCACACAUCUGCGAUGGAAGACAUUGGGAAAUACGUGUGUUUUGUUACAAACUCGGAGGGUACUUCCACCAUCAGUGCGGAACUUUAUAUAAAAGAUCCGACAAGAAUUACGACCCCUCCUCAGGACCUAAAGAUCAAAAGAGGCUCCACAGCGGAGCUUGUUUGCCAGGCAGAGUAUGACCAGUCGCUCAGCAGAGAGCUGGAAAUUCUCUGGCAGAAGGAUGGCAGAGAGAUUUACUUCAACUACACUGAUGACUCAGGCUACUACAAUGAUGAGGGAAUACUGCAGAUCAUCAAUGUAAGCCACAGUGAUAAAGGGCUGUACACAUGUAUCGCUAAAACACCUCUGGACCAAGAUUCAGCAUCUGCACGUUUAACUGUUCUUGAUGUCCCUGAUUCUUCAGUACAGUUGACAUUAUCAGAUCAGAGAGAUCGGAGUGUGAGGCUACAGUGGGUGUCCCCCAGAGACCAUAACAGUCCCAUAACAGAGUACAUCAUUGAGUAUGAGGAGAGCCAUUGGGAGCCAGGUACGUGGAGGGUGUUACUGCGUGUAUCUGGCAACCAGAACUCAGCUCCUCUGUCACUAUAUGGACACAUUGACUACCAAUUCAGAAUCACUGCUGUCAACUCUAUUGGCACAGGCCCUCCCAGCAAACCCUCCGAGCGAUAUAAAACGCCCCCUGCUGCACCUGAUAGAAAUCCUGAGAAUGUAGAGAUCAAGGGUCAUUUGCCUCAUCAGAUGGACAUCACUUGGGAGCCUUUGAUGCCCAUAGAACACAACGGGCCUGGCCUAGAAUACCAGCUGAGCUACAGACAGCUGGGCGUUGAGCAAAGCUGGAGCGAGCAGAUAAUGAAGAGACACUCCUUUGUUGUGAAGGACACCCCGACGUUCGUUCCUUAUGAAGUCAAAAUCCAGGCCCGCAACCAACAUGGCUGGGCACCUGAACCCAGAGUGUUGAUUGGAUAUUCUGGAGAAGACUUGCCUUUGUUGGCUCCCGAGCAUGUGUCCGCGGAUAUACUGAACUCCACGGCGGUCAGGGUCAGCUGGUCCCCUGUCCCUCCAUCCCGGCUGAGGGGCCGUCUUGGCGGCUACAGUGUGCACUGGUGGAGAACACUGAGCCUGUUAACCUCUAAGGAAGUCCCCGCUGAGAAGAAGCUUCUCACUCUGUCAGGGAACCGGAGUCUCGCCGUGGUGCCUGAACUGAAGCCCUUCACCGAAUAUCGCCUCACCGUCAGCGUCUUCAAUGGGAGAGGCAGUGGCCCCAGUAGCAGACCUCUGACCUUCAGAACGCCCCAGGGAGUCCCCGGGAAACCUCCUAUACUGAGAGCCACAAACCCUCAGGGUGACUCUAUCACCCUGGUGUGGGCUCCACCGCUGGAGGCUAACGGCAUCCUCACAGGCUACAGGCUGCACUACCAGAUAAUCAACAAUACAAUGAACGUGGAUGGACUAUACACGGUAAACAUCGAUGGCCCAGACACGACGCAGUGGGUUCUGCAUGACCUGACCAAAGACAGCCAAUACAAGUUCUCCCUGAGUGCAUGCACUCUGGCUGGGUGUGGACCAGCAGUCAGCGAAGAUGGAGGCACAGCACUUGUAUCACACAUGAAAGCUGUGUAUGGGAGCAUGUCAUCCAGAAGCUGGAUUGUGGGAAUAAUGUGUGCCUUGGCCCUGCUCACUCUGGCGGUUCUGAUUGCCUGCUUUGUGACUAGGAACCAUGCUGGAAAGUAUGCAGUGAAAGAAAAGGAGGAAGUUCGGAUAGAUCUGGAAUCUCACAGCGUGAAUGAAGAGAGUUCCUGUGAAUAUAGCGACAAUGAUGAGAAGCCCCUUCGGAGCAGCCUGUACUCAUUAGAGAGAUACGUCAAAGGAGACAGCAGCAGCCUGGACAGCUCAGUUGAGGAGGGCUGCAGAUUCAACGAGGAUGGGUCAUUUAUUGGUGAAUACACCAGCCACAAGCAAAGGGCAUCCAUUGGUGUGAUAAAUCAACCAGCCCACAUUAUGCAGAGCCGUACACCCCAUGGCUUCGUCUUCAUCAGCGGUGACUGUCCGGCUUGCUCUUGAAUACGCCAGGGGAUAGCAAAAGCCCUGCCCAGCUGGAGGGAUGUCAAAGA